GCGUGCGCGCUCCCCCAGUGUCACCUUGUUGGAGACACUGGUAGACCAGCAGAGUGGAGAGGGGUAUUCAGGUUUGGGUUAGCUACAGAGUCCAGGGAUUAACUGCAUAACCAUGGCAGCCGCAGCAGGCCCCCCCAAGCCGAAGACCUCUCCCAAAUCCAUAAAGUUCCUCUUCGGGGGUCUGGCCGGGAUGGGGGCGACGGUGUUUGUGCAGCCGCUGGACCUGGUGAAGAACCGCAUGCAGCUGGCCGGGCAGGGCUCCAAGGCGCGCGAGUACAAGACCAGCCUGCACGCCGUGGCCAGCAUCCUGCGCAACGAGGGCAUCGGGGGCAUCUACACCGGUCUCUCCGCAGGGCUGCUGAGGCAGGCCACCUACACCACCACUCGUUUGGGGAUCUACACCGUGCUGUUUGAGCGCAUGACCAAGCCGGACGGGACGCCCCCCAACUUCCUCAUGAAGGCGCUGAUCGGCAUGACGGCGGGGGCCACCGGCGCCUUCGUGGGCACCCCCGCCGAGGUGGCCCUCAUCCGCAUGACCGCCGAUGGCCGCUUGCCCCCGGACCAGAGGAGGGGGUACAGCAACGUGUUUAACGCCCUGAUUCGGAUCACCCGCGAGGAAGGGGUCACCACUCUCUGGAGGGGUUGUGUACCCACCAUGGCCAGGGCUGUCGUAGUGAACGCCGCCCAGCUGGCCUCGUACUCCCAGUCUAAACAGGCCCUUCUGGACACAGGGUAUUUUGGUGAUGACAUCCUGUGCCACUUCUGUGCCAGCAUGAUUAGUGGACUGGUCACCACUGCCGCGUCCAUGCCCGUGGACAUCGCCAAGACCAGAAUCCAGAACAUGAGGAUGAUCGAUGGCAAACCAGAAUACAAAAAUGGGCUGGACGUGCUGAUGAAGGUGAUUCGGAACGAGGGCUUCUUCAGCCUGUGGAAGGGCUUCACGCCGUACUACGCCCGCCUGGGACCCCACACGGUGCUCACCUUCAUCUUCCUGGAGCAGAUGAACAAGUUCUACAAGAAGUACUUCCUGGACUCGUAGAGCGAGCGGCUGGCUGGGGCUGCCUGUGAAGAUGUGGACCCUGCCCUACCCCACACACUCACACACACACACACUCACACACACACACACACACACACUCACACACACACACACACACACACACACACUCACACACUCACACACACACACACACACACCUCUGCUGGGGUUUACACACGGACAAACGUACACACUCGUUCACACACCCGACACCUCAAACACCCUUUUGACCCAUAACCCCUCUGCAGCACCCCUUCAGAAGACUACCACCCGUCCGCCCUUUCCCCACAACCUAGUACACUAAGAGGGUAGCAGGGACGGACGUAGCACCACCAACUGCUAGCGCUGAUGAGUCUACAAACACAAGCACAGCCCUGUCCCGCCACAUGAAGCAGCCCCUCAUAGAGAGAAGCCAGUAUGUGUGCAGGAAUUUAGGACUUUUCCCCUUCACCCCUUUUUUUGACCCCCCCCCCACCCUUUGAGCACUCGCUGCUGUCCCAUCCCCAGCUGUUCUCAGUCUCCCACGGCUCAGUCAAAACUGCAACCAACGGUUUUGGUCACCAUGGCAACCACACCCCCAACACCCCCCAAGGCUCCACAGCUGCCUCCAUCUUCAAACAAGCCCCUCUCUCGUCUCCAUGGUGACGCGCAGCCACCCAGCACAUAGCACAUAUGUCCGUUAGAGCCCCACGCGACGUAGACGAACACGUGUCCGAGCACUGAUUCUGGAUCAGAUCUCUCUCUCUCACACACACACACACACACACACCACACUGUGUACUUGGCCUGCCUGAUCCAGGAUCAGUUUUCAUGGACAGAAGGCAUUUGGGAGCUCAGGGGAGGCGAAUAGAAACCCUUUUCAUUUAUGUGUACAUUAAGGGCGCAUGUGUGGAUUACCGCCGCACUGCAAGUGUGCGGCUUAAUCACUGUGCGACCAAAAAAGGACUUACAGCUGGUGCAAGCUGAUAGGCUGAAUGCUCGGCCAGUCAAAACGACUGCAGCAGCAGCACCAGGUAUAACAUGACAUCAGGCAGUGUCUGCCAUUGGCUGUACCACAACUCAUGGUUUAGCUGGCUUGGGGUUUCCACUAAUCGAACUGAAUUUGGACAUUUAUCAUGAGGAAAAGAAAAGAUGUGUAUUCUGUGGAAGAUAGUUCGGUUUUCUCUGUCAGUUCAAAAUUAAAGUGAAUACGUUGGGACGUUUCAUGUCCAGAGUCCAGCUCUUGACAUCCCUUGUGUCAGCUUGCAAGUGAUUAAAGACCUUAUUAGUCUGCAAAGAGUGUGCUACAGCCAGUACAGAAAUCAUAGUGAGUAAUGUUAAAUGUUUAGUCGUGAUGUUGAAAAUGAUGUGUGGCACUUUUUUGGGUGGGUGGGGGGGGGCGGGGGUAAUUCUCUGGUAAAAUUUUUCAAACCUCAAAUGAAGGACAGUUGCUGGGCAUGGUACCCUACUGCUGUACCGCGGGACUGGUUUAAAACUGGACAGGCCUGGUUUAAAACCUCUUCAAAUAAACUUCUGCUUAUUCAAACAAUUCUUAAAACAAUAUUUUGAACAUGUUUUUGUUUGUUUUUUAUUAUAAAUAAGAAUUCAACCAGAACUAAAUUUCUUUCAGUUACAGAGUUACAUAUUCCUAUUUUUUCCCUUCAUUGUCUGAACAUGAUAAUCUACUGUUCAGUUUUACUAAAUUAAGUUUUAAAAAAAGUUUUUGAAAAACCUUAAGUUAUGUUAAAGAAAUCCACAAAUAUGUAGUAAUAAAUGAUAAAAAAUUGAUUUGCAUUGGUUUUGUUGCUUUGCAUUCUGUAAAAUAAAAAUUGCAUGUUUAUAUU